AUGGUUGACGAUGGUGAUGGUGAAGACACUAAGAUUAAAAGCAAAAAGGGCGACGGCACGGAAUUAAUCGAGCACCUGGACGAAAAACUAUUCAAACAUGGUGCAAAAAUUGGGUUUGAAUGCAAAAUACCUCGUGUGGCAAUGUUUAGAAGCCGUAAAAAUCAGCCACUGGUCGAGUUUGAAAGCACCUCGAUCAUUGCCAACGCCAAAAUUAGCAUCAAGGGCAAAGCGGACUUUAAUUUCCUAUGCUUUCGUGAUCAGAGCAGCGAUAGGGGCGACCCUCUCAGCGAACUGGAGGCCGAGUUAGGACUCGACUUUACGGUCGCCGACACAGAUCUCGCGGCCACCGGUCUGUGGCCACCCCUCACGACCGGCAACACUACCGACGAUGAGGGGGAAGACGAGGGCGACGACGAGGAGGAGGAGCCCCUGCCUACGAGUCUGGACGAUGACAAAAAGGGAGAGGCCAAGGAUGGUGUAAAAACAACCGAGCAAGAUGAAACCGAUGAGACAACUGCCGAUAGUACUGAUGAAGAGACUACUACUACUGCCAAAUCAAAAAAGUCAAAACAAGAAGUUAAAAUAACUGUCGAGAAGCAAACUGUGGGCCUUGAGUUUCACAUAACUUGUACGGUAUUAGUCAAUGGAGUCGCACAGGGAGUCACCACCGGUGGUACUGAUGGCAAGCCUACUGCCGAGACUGAACCCGAAGUGGAUAAAAAACUAAAAUCCAAAAAUAAGGGUAAAUCGCGACCCAAACGGUCGGCCGGCGAUAAGAAAGUACAGUUACUGUGCGAUAUAGACAACGCAAAGGGUCAGGAAUUGGCAAUGAAAUCAGUUAUGGCCAAAGCUAUAGCCGCCAAAAAAGCAGCAAUAAUUGCUAGUAAAGUGACCACAACACCGACUACUGACUCGGAAAAGGAACCUGAUGAGUAA